UCAAGAUGAUCAUUUUAGGUCCGGGAAGUCCUCCAGACAAAAUAAGUGUUCGUCCAGUUUUAGAUGGAUUUAGUGUUCAUUGGGAGCCCCCCUUAAUUCCUAAUGGUGAUGUACUUGGUUAUUCAAUUUAUUGGAGCAGUAAUCCAGACGCUGACCUGGCCGAAUGGUCACAAAAAAAUUUUGAUUCUGAUGCUCGUGGUGCCACCAUUACCGAUCAGCAGGAACAAACGCCUUAUGUCAUCCGUCUUCAGGCUUUUGGAAGUCACGGACCUGGUUUAAUCUCGCCAAGUUAUGAAGUAGUUACUGGCCUGAAGCAUAUUCCUUUGAAUGUUUCCAUUCGUAUACUCUCGCCAUCAGUUCUACCAGAAGAAAAGGAAGGAGGAACUUUAGUUGACCCUGACCAAGCUAUUAGUUUUGAAUGUGUUACUGAUGGAAGACCUCAACCAGUUGUUUCUUGGUCUUGGAUUCCAUUUGGUAAUACUAGCGUUGGCUCUUCUCAUUUAACGUUAAAACCUGAUCCAUCUACCUUUCAUCGUUUCAUUAGUGCCCCUGCAGAGGCGCGAACUUUGACAAGCAGAACUUUGAUUUGUGAGGCGCGCAACGACCAAGGUCAAGUCCGGGAUGGGCAUAUUUUUCGAGUAUUAAGACCUGGUGGACCUCCUGUAGAGCUUGGUUCUUUGGUUGAAAUUGACAACAGUAUAAUACUAAAUUGGAGCCCUCCAAUUCAUCCAAAUGAAAAUCUAACUGGCUAUAUUGUUUACAUCUCCCCAGAUCCUAAUCUUCCUCUCGAACAAUGGAGAGUAUUCACAGUAGACGCAAAACAACCACAGCUUACUUUACCUCGAGGUGAAUUACAGCCCCAAACCCCUUACUAUGUUCGAGUAUCUGCUGAAAAUCCGCAUGGCCGAGGCCAGCUCUCUGAUAUAUCCCGCUUUGUGACACUCAGUGGUGCUCCUAUUGACGUUCCAACGGAUCUGUCUGUCCAUGUUGAGCCUGAUAAUACUAUUCGCGCCAGUUGGAUUCCACCCAGCCAACCAAACGGAGAAUUAAAACAUUACACGGUUUACUUUAUAGCGGAAGAUAAAGCUUUAGAGAUGCCUGAUGCUGAUGAAAAAUAUCACCGCUGGCCGAAUGUACAAGUACCUGCAAAAGGAGACGAUAUUGGCCAAGUAAUACUUGACAGGGAUACUCACGUUAUUCUGCCAAAUACUGUAUAUCGAAUAAGAGUAACUGCUUCAAAUGAGCUCAGCGAAGGUCCAGCUACACCAAAAACGUUCUUUCGUACAGGAUCUGGCGAAGUGGCACCAUCAUUAAAGCUUGAACCUCCAGAUAAUCCGGCGAGUGUAAAACCUUUGGAAGACUAUUCGGUUAUUUGUGUAGGUACAGGUAUCCCAGCCCCGGACGUUUGGUGGACCCUUGGCACAGAAGUUAACCGUCAGCAAGGAGGUUCUCAAUUAAGACUUAGUAAGCUUAGCAAGGAUAUUGUUGCUGUUUGUCAUGCGCAAAACAAUGCUGGAGUAGAAGAGUUAACUCUCAAUGUUCAAGUUAGAGGUCCAGGCACUCCUCCAAAUGAAAUUGUUGCUAUUCCAUUACCUUCGCAAAUACUUUCCAUUGAGUGGGCGCCGCCUGAUGAACCCAACGGAAAACUAACUGGUUACGUUUUGCAUUAUGCUGAGGUACCUGAUGAGAAGACUGCACCAGCGGAUGAUGAUUGGAAUACGGUCCGCGUUGGUCCAGAUGCAAACAAAUAUCAAUUAGAGGCUUUAAAGGCUAAGACGAACUAUUGGGUUAGACUACAAGCAAUUUCAGAUCGAGGGGAGGGCAUUAUCUCGGACCCAGUAAAGACACGUACACUCCCUUUGGCACCAAAGGCACCAGAUGUAAUGCCAAUUGAAGUGCACCCAAAUAAUACCGGCAAGUUACAUUUCUUAAUUGAAAUUUACCCAUACAUACAUAUUAUACAAUUUAAGUUCUUGUUAAAUUCACACCUUCUGAUGAUCCAGAGGAGGAGGGCAAAAAACUAUAAAAUAAUAUACACCAACGAAGACCCAACACUAGAAGAUACUAAAUGGAAGGAGAUUAUUUGGGACAUACCGCAAGGAGUUGAUCCGAGUAAACAAUUGCAAGUUUUCAUUGAAGGUUCUUACUUGGAUCCAAAAACAAAGUACCAUGUUAAGGUGAUCCCGAUUGGUGUGAUCGAAGGUCCUCCUUCUGAAUCACAAGAUUUUGACACUCAAACUGGUGUUGUUCCACCUGAUCAGCCUCUUAUUCAUGUAGAUACGGAUAUUCUUAAAGUGCCAGCCGGAACAGAUUACACCGUUGAAUGCUCAGCAAAUGGUUAUCCCCCUCCCAAAGUAUUCUGGACAGAUGUUGAUGGAAAUGUGGUCAGCGAAGGUUCUAUGCUUCGAGUGUUCGACAUCCGCCAGAGCACAGACUAUCUUUGUGUGGCUGAAAAUCUUGGUGGCAGAAAAGAAACUUCAUUCCGCAUUUUUGUCUCUGGGCCGGGAUCAGCGCCGGAAAUGAGUUUAUCUAUCACAAAGCCAAAAAGUAUACUCGCUAAAUGGGAUCCACCCACUUUGCCUAAUGGAAAUAUCACUCGCUAUAUUGUUUACUACACACCGCUUGAUGAUCAGACAAUGGACCUCCUUAUUGGGCAAGUUCCUGCCAAACCUAUUUCAGAAUGGAUAAGUGCUCAUCUUUUGGGACCAGCUGCCACUGGACCAGGCCAGAAGCAAGCGUUGCUCACAGAUUUUAUUGAGGCUGAUACUGCAUAUGCUGUUGUGGUUCAAGCAGAAAAUCAGGACGGGCCUGGUCCUUACUCCAUUCAACAUAACAUUCGUACAAUGUCAAGAAGCAGAUCUUCCCCACCUACACAUGUAUCUGUAGAGCCAAUUAAUCAAACAAGUGUAGAAGUUCAUUGGCGCUUAGAAGUUAAAAAUGGCGAAGAGAGCCCAAUUGGUUAUGAAAUUUACUUCGUACCUGCAGAAAAAGAAAUUGAAGAAGAUGAGUUGCUUAGUAUUCCAAGCUGGACACGUGUCAAUGUUCUUGAUCCAUCAAAGAAUAGUCAUAUGAUUUGGAAUAUGUUUGAGCCAGAUUCUGAAUAUGUUUUCAAAAUUAGAGCUUUGUAUCAAAGUGGACCGGGCAUUUUCUCAGAGCCUUGUAUUGCCAAAACUUUGCCUGAUGGAGAUGCUCCAUUCCUUGUAGUUUCAGCUGGAGGCCGUGGAACGGAAGGACUUUCCGUUAUUCGCCUUCUGCCCGGUAGUGAUUAUACUGUUUUUUGCCGUGCUAGCGGUAGACCUCAACCUGCUGUUCGUUGGAUCCGCGGUGGUGAGAUUCCAAUUGAUCCAUCAACUGUUAAGGAGGAUGAAACGGGAACAAAAUGGUCUCUAUCAUUGGAAAAUUUUACCGAACCUAGUAUAUUUAAUUGCGUUGCUCGAAACCCUCUCGGUGCUGCAAAUUGGACAAUUCAACUAGAAAUGGUACAGGACCUCCGACCAGACUGGCUAUCUAAAUUAGUGAGGCCUGAAGUACAUAAUGGACAGCUUUUACUACAUUUCCCUGAUUCACUCCCCGAUUCAUUACGCCGACCCAAUCAAUGGACUUUGCGAUAUUCUGAUAAUCCAAGCAAAGAGAAAAUACUUUGGAGUGUACUCGAAAGCGAAGAUCGCCCUUUAACAAGUAUUCCAAUUAAAAGUCCUGCUGAUCCAAUGCAGCCUGGUCUAAGUUAUCAUUUGGUAAUUGAAAACCCAACGGAAGGCGUUAGAUCUCCAGUUUUGACAUUAUUGGUACCAAAAGCGCCUUCAGAAUUAAGAGUUGGCUCAAAUAUAAACGAUGAAAUGGUUGUUGAUUUUCGACCAGCAAUUACUUCAUCUCUUGUUGAACAAUAUUUAGUCAAGUAUUGGCCAGCGGACAAGGACGUUAGUGCGACCGUAGCUCCAGAAUCUGUUAUUCAAACUAUAUCCAUUCCUGGUGAUCAGCCUGUCACUGGCAUUCGCGUUCCUGAUCUUCCUCGAGAUUCUGAAUUUUAUUUUCAAGCCGUUGCUAUUUUAUCUGAUGGUCAGGAAUUAGCCAGCACUCCUGUGAUAAUUAGAACCCCGGCGAAAGAAAUUCGUUGCGAUUGUUCACAUGCAUGCCGGUUGCUGGAGACUGAUUCAGUUGAGGUUAGAAUUGAGUGUUAUUGUCCUGCCGGGUGGCUACUAUCUUCAGACGGAAGGACUUGCAUGCAGAUUGAACCAACUACAGGGCCUGCUCUUGAAAUUUCGCCCACUUUCGAGCUUCUUCCAGAACAGGCUCUUGAAGGAAAAGUACCUUUAAUUAGUCAAAUAACUCCUUUGCAACCUUUGAUUGAAGUAACCGCUUCUUCGCCUUUACCUACAGAUGAAUAUGGAAAUUUGAUUAUUGCCGAUUUAGAGGAUCAUAUUCCACCACAUAUUUUACCAACAGAUGCAGUUGGACGUGAAAUUCGUCCAGUAGUAUUUUUCAAUGGAACAAAACUACGCUUAAAUGAAGACGGAAAUUAUUUAGAUCCAUUGGGCAGAAUUGUAGCCAGGGAUGAGGAACAACGGGCAUUGGGGCCAGAUGGACAGUUAUUGAAAUUAGAUGUCAAUGGGAAUUACGUCUAUCCAUUAUUGGACAAAUAUGGUGAGCCAAUCCCAACUGAUGACAGUCUUCGACCAUUAUUUGAAGUUGUUGAUGAAGAAGGAGUUCACUGGCCAAGAGACAAUAAAGGCCAUGUUCUGGGGCCCAACAACCGUCCUAUCCCUACUGAUAUAACUGGACAAUUUAUUGGACCCGGUAGUUCUCCACUUCCAACUAACUUCUAUGGUCAAUUUUUAAUGUCACGAAGAGAAGAUUUGGUUGUGCCAACGGAUGCACUUGGUUACCCCAUUUAUCAAGUGGUUUAUCCUGAUGGCCAACCACUUCCAACAUUGAUGUCCGGGCAAUUUAUUAAUCCAGAGAGAGGUGUAGAAUUUAUGAAGGACGAUCAAGGCAUACCUUUAGACUCCCAAGGAAAUCACCUUAAACAAGACGAGAAAGGGAAUUUUGUUUUCCAGCCUGUUAUUGAUCGUUAUCCAGAUAAGGAUUUGCCCGAGAAAAUAACUGAAGAAGCUUCUAUCGAACAAUCAACAUUACCAACGGAUUGGACUCCCGGACAAAAAUUUGAAACGACUAAAUUGACGCCUAUUUCUGGUCGACCGGACAAGGUGGUUGAUGGGCAUGGACAGCCCCUCUCUACAAGUUUAGAUGGCCUUUUACUCGGGCCAGAUGGUUCACCCCUUCCUACGGAUGCAGAAGGACAAUUUGUUUUAUCAUGGGGACAGGAGAGAGAAGAGCUUCCUUCUGAACCAACAGCUCCUAUUUCGGAAAUUGGUCCAGAUGGAUUACCACAACCAGAUGCUGAUCGACAACAAAUACAUCCUGCCUUUCCUGAAAGCAAGGACCAACCUUCGUUGGAGAGUGAGAUGAAAUGUAAUUUGAAAGAAGCUGUUCUCGAUAUUUUGAUUGCAUUUAAUAGUGAAUUAAUUCAACCUUAUGGCGAACAUUUACGUCGCGCUAUGACUGAAUUAUUGAGCCAUCUUGACUUAGCUGCUGAUAUUGCACGUGUUGGCAUUCUUCACUUUGGUAAAAGUGUGAUCAUUCCCGUGAGUCUUGGAGGAUAUCAUGAGAUUAACCAAAUGCUCGACCAAAUUGACCGAAUGCAAUCUGCCUCCUCAGCACUGGGAGUACCUGAUGUUUCAGCCGUUUACCAUGCAGCCAUACAACAAUUUAGCAGUUUUGGCCGUAACCAAAACAUUCCAAAAAUUCUACUUGUGUUUAGUUCAGGAGAAGAUAUAUUUUCUGAUACUACUGCAAGGGACUUACUUGCUUCUCACGAUAUUUUUAUUAUUCUAGUCGGUCCGAGUAGUUAUGACUCAGAAAUAGUUGAAGAAAGCAGUGAACAUGUGCUUGUUAAUAGGUGGGAAUUACUGGAUGGCAAUCGACUUGCCAACUAUCUGGAAGCAGCUUGUGCGCGUAAGGCGCUUAAAUUACCGAAAUCACGAACAAAAUUUGUAACCGGGAAAGAUACUAAAGAAAUUAGUACUAUACCCCCAAUCAUUUUUCCACAAAUAGUACCCAGUUCAGUUGAUCAUUGUUUGGCACUCCAAGCCCGCAGUAGUAUCGUUCUAAUGGUUGAAACUUCCCAAGAAAGUUCUAGCCUACAUUCUGAAUUAAGACAGAUACUUCUUCAAUUUAUCCAUGGAUAUAUAAAAGAAAAAAAUCCACAAAUUGGCAUUCUAUACUAUGGUGAUACAGUUGAUAUUGGAGUUGAUGUUGACCAACACAAUUAUAACGAAUUAGAAGUUUCUGUUAAGGAAAUGCAUUUUAUCGGAGGUGUAUCCAAUCCUUUGCUUGCUAUCCGGACUGCUCCGAAAUUGUUGGUCAAACUUGGUACCGACACUAUUAAACUUGUUAUACACAUUCAUCGGAACAAGCUUAAACGUGAACAUGAAAGCGAGGUAAACAAAAUUGUAAAAUCAGAGAAUAUUGCUUUGUUGGAUCUUUUUUAUGAGCGUUGGUCUCUACUGAAAAAUUCUGAGCCUUUUUGGAGUCAAAAAAUUUGCAUGUUAGAAGCGUUAAUUGAAAGGCUUGAGAAUACUGUACCCGGAGAUAUUGAUAAAAUAGUUUUCGAGCAUUCAACUGAACAGCCACUCAAAAAGACACAUCAUGCAAUAACUUGGCCAGUAACUACACCUGUAACGAUUGAACCAAGAAUUUUGCCAACUGAUCAUAUGGUUUCGUCCUUUCCAGUAUUGGGACCUGAUGGUCAACUAAGACCAACAGAUUCUGGAGGGAAUUAUCUUGAUUUGGAAGGUUAUCCUCUUCCAUUGGACGAGUUAGGAAGGCCGAUUGACUCAGAAGGAAGAUUAUUACCAACAGAUUCUCAAGGCCAUUUUCUUCUUCAUAGCACUAGACCUGAUCAAGUUCUUGCUACUCGAAUACCACAAUCAUCUCCAUUGCCAACAGAUGAGUUAGGGCAUGUCUCAAAAGACCGUGAACCCGAGGUUGGUAGAGGAGAAAUGGCAUUGCCAACAGAUCAGACAGGAAAAUUCAUCCAUCCUGUAAUUGACUCUAAUACCGGCGAGCCAUUGUUGACUGAUCAACUUGGAAGAUAUUUGGAUAUCAACGGUGAAUUAUUACCAAUGGACGAUUUUGGUCGUCCAUUAGAUCCUAUUAAUGGCCGAUUAUUACCUACUAAUGAAUUUGGCCAAUAUAUUUAUACUGCACCUACUCUGACCUCAAGAGUAUCUUCAAUGCCAGAAAUUGGACCUUAUCAAAGUCCAAUACCGGGGAAAACCAAAUUUCCCAAAGACGAAUUUAGUGCAGAAAGAAUUCCCGUCGUUGACAAAUUUGGCAAACCGCUACCUACAGAUCAAUCAGGACAAUAUUUGGGAGAUAAUAAUGAGCCACUUCCACUGGACAGCUGGUCAAGACCUCUUGAUGUGGAUGGAUUGACUCCAUUACCAACAAAUAGGCACGGUCAAUUUGUCUAUACUCCUGCCGAAAUAACUCCAACAAUUUCUGGCCCAUUAUCUCCUUCUCCCAUUCCAACUGAUCAAUGGGGUAUUCCUAUCACCCCUGACGAAGGAGAAUCCACUAUUCAAUUAUUGCCAACGGACGGAACAGGAAAGGAAAUAUUUCCAGUGAUUAGUGCUCAAAACGGACUCCUGCUUCCACGAAAUUCAGAAGGUCGUUAUCUGGGUGCUCGGAAUGAGCUAAUCCCUAUUGACGAUUUUGGACGUCCACUAGAUUCUCUUGGGCGAGUAUUACCUAUAAACGAAUUUGGCCAAUUCAUUUAUACCGAGACAUACAAAGAAAUAACCCCAACUCUUAACUAUGCUGAGGAAAUGGAUGGACAAAAACAACCAAUUUGGCUAUCGCCCGAUUCUGGCCAACGACGAAGAAAUGGAAGUUCUGACGGGCAUUGUUUCAUUGAAAAUUUCAUCGAACUUUUGCUAAUAUUUGACACAAGUGCAAAUGUGAAGAUUCUUGAUUAUCGGAUGAUGAAAGAAUCGAUCAAGGGUUUUCUUCUUGAUCAUUUUGACUUGCGACCGAAUCUUGGGGUGAGAGUAGGACUCUUAAAAUAUGGUGAUAGUGUUGAAGUUCCUGUUGCUUUGGGCGACUAUGACAGUGAAGCCGAAUUAUUAGCGAGGAUUGGUGAAACGAGACGAUUGAAAGGUGAACCAAAUUUACCUCUUGCACUAAGGGAGGCGGCAGGAGAAUUUCAAUUGUCUGGUGCGGGUGAUGCGCUUCGGAUAGUUCUUGUGUGGAAAAGUGGCAAUUCAAGUGAUUCUGAUAUUAUUCAAAUACAAGCGGCAGCUGACACUCUUCGACAACAAUAUGGAGCUAAAAUUCUAGCCAUAACAGCUGCGGGUCAUUAUAGUAAUGGAGAUAUUGCAUUAACCGGCGCAGAAGAAUUAAUAUUUGCAUUUGAUGGAUGGAGGGAAGCUAAACCUAAACGAUUAGCGGAAGUAGCCGAUAAAAUUUGCGAGUUUAUGGUGCCAACUUCCAUUAUGCCAAGUUGGCCAUCAUUUCGACCUAAAAAUACUCUGCCCCCAAAAAUUACUUUGUAUCCAAGAGAUUGUCGUCGCAUUGAUUACCCGUUAGAGUUUAUUAUUGUUUUGGAUGCAGCGAACUUUGAUCGUUCCCAAUUCAGCAAAAUUCUUGAAAGCUUAGCCACUUUGGUAGAUGAAUCUUUUAAUCUAUCGCCUGAUGUUGUACGUGUUGGACUAAUUGUUUACAGUGACAAGGUUGCUGUUCCGGUGGCCCUUGGCAAUUACGACGAUAAGAUUGAAUUGUUAUCCAAAAUGAGUGCAUCUCCGUUAUUUUCCGACCCUCCGGCUAUUGCUCUUCGUGGUUUGGAGGCAGCUGGUCAACAAUUUAGGUUACAUUCCCGGCCAAAAGCCAGCCGUGUUUUGUUGAUGGUUACUAACGGAAAGCAUAGAGGAAAUGCCGCACCCCUGGGACAGGAACUGCGAGAAAAUCUUCAUGUAGAAAUCUAUUCUGUAGCAAUUGGCGCCUCUUCGGAGCAAUUGGCAUCUCUUCAGCGAGUUAUUGGGGGUCCAAAACUUGCUGCUGAACGAAUGCUUCAAUUAGAUUCUGUUGAUGAAUUAUCUGAUCCUAGUAAACUGGCUUUUCUUCGCCGUUCACUUUGUUCAAGUAUGGAAAGUGAAAUGACAACUCAAGAAUGGAAACAUUAA